UGACAGAUGGUUUUCUGGUGACUGAACCAACUGAAGAUGGACCAACAGUUUCUGUUUUUCCCCCUGAUUCUGAUCAUAUCAGGCUCCGCCUCUGUCGCCUGGAAGAUGAAGACUCCCCUGAUGGUCACUGCUUCCAGGGGAGAAGACGCAGUCCUCAACUGCUCUGUCCAUCCCGACAGACUGGAUUACUCUGACAAAAUCACGGUUAAAUGGGCCAAAAGUCAGGCAGAAAGUCCAUUCUUUGAAUGUUCUGUUAGGAACGACACGUUGGAAGGACCACAUGACUGUUCAGUGUUAAAGUAUUCCCUGUUUGGAGACCCUCGGAGGGGGGAGCUCUCUCUGCUCAUCACUAACGUCCAGCUGAACGAUGGAGGAACCUUCUUCUGUAAAGUGGAGCUGGUUGGAAACAGAAAAUUACAAGACAAGAUUCAGCUCGAUGUGAAAGCUCCGCCUCACAUCUUGAGUCUCUCAGUGGUGAAUUCAACCUGCGGUCAUUCCAGCAGCGCCUCCCGAUGGCUGAUAUGCGAAGUUGAAGGCCAUCCGGUGCCUAAAGUCGUCUGGCUGUCGGCCUCGAAGCGUCUUUUAGAGAACCAGGGCCACAGCUUUAAGUCUGGAGAGUGGAGCUUAAAGGGCUGCAUCCCAUACCUGCAGCAGGGGGAGGAGGUGGUCACCUGCAGGGCGGAGAACAGCGAGGAUCAUGCAGAGAGGAGCUUCCCAGACAGUAAUACUCUGACCAUGAUCGUGAUCGUGGUUAGUGCCAUUGCACUGAUGUUGCUGUGUCCAGUCUUCAUCUGCAUCCUCAUCAUCUGCCUCAGAAACCAUCGACGGCGGCGUCUCUCAGAUCCUCCAGCUGAUGGAGCAGAACUUCAGCCGGUUUACUCAGAGAUCAGCUCUUCACAGGUAAACUCCAUGCAGAGCAACCAGCAUCACGUAGAUACAGAUGUGAUGUAUUCUGCAGUGAAGGUUCAGCAGUGAUGAAGGUUUGAUCUGCUGUGGAAGAUCUGAAGAGGACUAGAUCUGAUCAAUUACAUGAAGAAUGGUGGAAAACAUGACAAUCGCUUUUUUAGAGAACUUGAAUGUGCUUCACUCUAAAUCCACCAAGAUUUAUGUUUUGUAACAUUUAGAAGAACAACCGAAAAAUAAAAUAAAUGUAGUGCUUCUUAAAAGGAAGAACAUUAUGAAAAUCCAUGGACCUCUUUUUCAGUAGACUGUUAAAUAACUCCAGAGUGUUUUCAUUCUCGGCUAAGAAGCUGGCUCUUGGGACAUGGAAUGUCACCUCUCUGGUGGGGAAGGAGCCUGAGUUAGUGCACAAGGUUAGAAGGUUCCAGCUAGAGGUAGUUGGACUUACCUCGACGCAUGGCUCUGGCUCUGGAACCAGUCUCCUUGAGAGGGGCUGGACAUUCUUCCACUCUGGAGUUGCCCCUGGUGAGAGGCGCCGAGCAGGAGUACUUGUUGACCCUUCACCCCGGUGAAUGAGAGGGUGGCCUCCCUCCGCAUACCUGUGAGGGGGACAGGUUCUGACUGUUGUUUGUGCUUAUGUGCCAAACAGUAGUUCAGAUUACCCACCAUUUUUGGAGUCUUUAUGGGGGGUACUGGAGAGUGCCCCUCCUGGACACCCAUCUCUGGUGCUCAAGUCACUGAGGUGGUUAAAAAGCUCCUCGGUGGCAAGGCCCCAGGCAUGGAGGAGAUUCGCCCAGAGUACCUUAAGGCUCUGGAUGUUGUGGGGAUGUGUUGGUUAAUGCGGCUCUGCAACAUUGCGAGGACAUCAGGGGCAGUUCCCAUGGAUUGGCAGACCAGGGUGGUGGUCCCUCUAUUUAAAAAAGGGGACCGGAGGGUGUGUCCCAACUACAGAGCAAUCACACUCUUAAGCCUCCCUGGUAAGGUCUAUUCCGGGGUUCUGGAAAGGAGGGUCCGUCGGAUAGUCGAAUUUUGGAUUCAGGAAGAGCAGUGUUGUUUUCGUCCUGGCAGGAUUCUGGAGGAUGCAUGGGAGUUUGCCCAACCAGUCUACAUGUGUUUUGUGGCUCUGGAGAAGGCAUUCAACCAUGUCCAUCAGGGGUCCUUUGGGGGGUACUCCGGGAGUAUGGAAUACCUGGCCCUUUAAUAAGGGCUGUUAGAUCUCUAUGAGACCGGCGUCAGAGCCUGGUCUGCAUUGCCUCGACUCCGACUUUCAGUGUCGUUGUGUCCUUGGGCAAGACACUUUACCUGCAUUGUCUACUGAUGGUGGUCAGAGGGCCCGGUGGCGCCAGUGUAUGGCAGCCCCGCUUCUG